AAAAGGGGAGGACCACCACCGUACACCAGCAUUUUGAAUUACGCCCUGUAGCGCCCUCUAGCGACUUUCAUGUAUUCCACAAUAUUUUACACGCCUUUUUCAGUCUGACCCAAAAACACAAUGCACAUUAUUAUUUUAAUGUACACCAGAGGCGUGGUCAUAUUAUUAUUUUAAUUUACACCAGAGGCGUGGUCAUAUUGUUAGUGGGCGUAACUUCGACGUCGGGAGUCACUGCCAGUGGCAAAGUGUGUAUGCGCCGCAGAUGUGGUCGUUGACACUGGGGCGACGGCCGAGAAGCUUCAAGCGGUUUUUAGCCACGCCUAACAAAAAAAUCCAAUUAUACUUGGAGUGGAGUUGAGCGACGUGUUUCACUGUUCUAACGCCUGCUAACAGAGAUGGCAGCACAGUGUGUGACAAAAGUGGAGUUAACAGUUUCCUGUGAUAAUCUUUUGGACAAAGACAUUGGAUCCAAAUCAGACCCUCUGUGCAUGCUGUUAAUGAGCACCUCGAAUUCCCAGUGGUAUGAGGUGGAACGCACAGAAAAAGUCCAGAAUUGCCUCUGCCCAAAGUUUGCCAAAAAGUUUGUCAUCGACUACUACUUUGAGAUGGUGCAGAAAUUGAAAUUUGGGAUUUAUGAUAUUGACAAUAAGACCAUUGAUCUGAGCGAUGAUGACUUCUUAGGAGAACUGGAGUGUACCUUGGGCCAGGUUGUCUCCAGUAGAAAACUGACCAGGCCGCUGGUUUUGAAGAACAAGUCACCUGCAGGAAAAGGGACCAUUACGAUCAGUGCUGAAGAAAUUAAAGAUAACAGGGUGGCAAAUUUUGAGGUGGAGGCAAGGAAACUGGAUAACAAGGAUUUCUUUGGGAAGUCUGACCCAUAUCUAGAAUUCUACAAGCAGACAGAAACUGGAUGGCAACUGGCUCACAGGACAGAGGUGGUGAAGAACAACUUGAAUCCUACAUGGAGACCCUUCCGAAUUCCCCUGCAAUCUCUUUGUGGAGGAGACAUCGAGAAACCUAUAAAAGUUGACUGCUUUGAUUAUGACAAUGAUGGCUCGCAUGAUCUUAUCGGGACUUUUGAGACCACAAUGAAGCGUCUUCAGGAGGCAUCACGCACUUCUCCGGCGGAAUUUGAAUGCAUCAACAGUAAAAAGAAACAAAAGAAGAAAGGCUACAAGAACUCUGGUGUUGUGAGCGUGAAGCAUUGUCAGGUGGUCAAAGAGUACACAUUCCUGGAUUAUGUUAUGGGGGGUUGUCAACUCAACUUUACUGUGGCAAUAGACUUCACUGGUUCCAAUGGGGAUCCAAGGUCUCCUCAGUCUCUGCAUUACAUCAGUCCACAGGGCGUGAACGAGUACCUCUCUGCUAUUUGGUCAGUGGGCAACGUCAUUCAGGACUAUGACAGUGACAAGAUGUUUCCUGCCUUUGGCUUUGGUGCCCAGAUCCCCCCAACAUGGCAGGUUUCUCAUGAGUUUCCACUCAAUUUCAAUCCCACAAAUCCAAUCUGCGCAGGUGUUGAAGGGAUAGUGGAGGCCUACAGGGUUUGCCUUCCCCAAGUCAAACUUUACGGUCCAACAAACUUCUCACCAAUCAUCAACCAUGUCGCGUGCUUUGCAAAGCAAGCCCUGCAGCAGAACACUGCAUCUCAAUACUUUGUGCUGCUCAUCAUCACCGAUGGCGUGAUCACUGACAUGGAUCACACACGGAAUGCCAUCGUCAACGCCUCACGUCUGCCCAUGUCCAUCAUCAUCGUGGGAGUGGGCGGAGCAGACUUCACGGCUAUGGAGUUCCUGGACGGAGACGACGGGUGUCUUCGCUCUCUGACUGGCGAGCCUGCAAUGCGAGACAUUGUCCAAUUCGUUCCAUUUAGGCAGUUUCAGAAUGCUCCAAAAGAAGCAUUGGCAAAGAGUGUGUUGGCUGAAGUUCCAGGUCAGCUUGUGGAGUUUUGCAAUACCAUGAAGCGGAGUCCACCCAACACCAAUCCUGUUGCAAAGCCUGCAGAAGCCAUCUGAUGUUGCUGCAAAAAUCAACUGGAUCACACAAUACCAUCUUUCUACCCGAAUUGACCCUGUGAUUUAAACACAAGAUGUGACCACACAGAAAGAGCAAGCACUCCAAAUUAUUGACCAGUCACACUCUUUACAAAGCAAAGAAUUAUGCUUUUUUUCCCCCUGUAAUUUUCAGAGAUCCAUUACAGACACAUUUUCAGGCAGCUUACUAAAGAUUGACUUUUGACCAGUUUCACACUUGAUGAGUGGGCAGACACAACUAUUCGUGUAUAAAUAAGUCAAUUUACCGUGUUCCCUUCAAGUCUAUAUAGGCUCAUUGCAACUGCUGCUGUUUGUUUAAUCUGUAGUAGAGGUUCUUUUUAUCAACAUUAAGUUUUACAAGUCAGUCAUGUGUUUAACGUGUAAUACUGAGUUAGUAGUGAUUGAUUAUCCUGCCGUUUGUAGAAGCAAGUUCGUGGACUCAGAUUUUUGCACAAGGAUUAUUGCAUUGCAUAAAGGUAAGCCAUUGCUUUGCUUUUACAAAGUCAUUUUUUUUCACUGAAAUGCCAAAACCCUGCACAUGCCAUAUAGUAUGAUAUAUUUUUCAAAGCAAUUUAAGAUGUAAAAAUGUCAGUUUAUUUUGGAUUCUUUUUGUGCCUGCUGUUUACUUUUUGCAGAACAGAAAAGCACCACCGAUUAGAACAACUUAUUAGAUAAUUAUCGCCACACUACUAACAUAAAUAAUUGGCAUCAGUAUUAAUAUACAGUAGAGAUGUUUAAAUAAAAUAAGACAAUUCUA